ACCCCUGAUCUAGACGAGUACCUAUUGCCUAACCUCCUUCCUCUAUUGUCCUCUCUCCUUCAGUAUGUGUUCAACUACCACGACGGGGAUGUGUUUGGCUGUGUGGCAGACAUCGGCUGGAUAACAGGUCACAGCUACAUCGUCUAUGGCCCUCUGUGUAAUGGAGGAACCACCGUUCUGUUUGAGAGUACACCAGUAUACCCCAACCCAGGCAGGUACUGGGAGAUGGUGGAGAGGCUGGGGAUCAACCAGUUUUACGGUGCUCCCACGGCCAUCAGGCUGCUGCUGAAAUACGGAGACGAGUGGGUGCAGAAUUACGACCGCUCCUCCCUAAAAACCCUGGGCUCUGUGGGUGAACCCAUCAACACAGAAGCUUGGGAGUGGUACCAUCGGGUGGUGGGGGACGGACGCUGCCCUGUGGUCGACACCUGGUGGCAGACAGAGACCGGUGGGAUCUGCAUCGCUCCCAGGCCGUCGGAACCAGAGGCGGAGAUCGUUCCGGGAAUGGCCAUGCGUCCGUUUUACGGGAUCACGCCGGCGCUGCUGGAUACUGAGGGUGAAGUGCUGAGUUCCAAUGAUUCGACUGGAGCUUUGUGUAUCUCCCAGGCCUGGCCUGGUAUGGCCCGCACCAUCCACAACCACCACCAGAGAUUCACAGAGACAUAUUUCCAGCCUUAUCCAGGUUACUUCUUCACCGGCGACGGUGCUUACCGCUCCAAGGAAGGCUAUUACCAGAUCGUCGGCCGUCUUGAUGAUGUCAUCAGUGUGAGCGGUCACCGGCUUGGGACUGCGGAACUAGAGGAUGUGGUGAACCAGUGUCCUGGAGUGGCUGAGUCUGCUGCGAUUGGCUACUCCCAUGACAUCAAAGGAGAGGGUGUGUAUGUGUUUGUGGUGUUGAAGAAGGCAGUGAUGGUUCAAGAGGAUGUUCUAGCCCAGCAGCUCAGAGAGAUGGUGUCCAGGAGCAUCGCCAAGUACGCCUGCCCAGACUUCAUUCAGGUGGUGAGGAGUCUGCCAAAGACUCGCUCGGGGAAAAUCAUGCGUCGUGUCCUGAGGAAGGUCGUAGAGCGGAACACGGACGAGCUGGGGGACCUCAGCACGCUAGACGACCCUGACUCCAUACACGAGGUCAUCAGGGGUCACCGACGUCUCCGUGGCGACGGCAAGCAGCAGUAACAACAGGGUAUUAAAGGGACACCACCAAUUUUAAUAUUUUUUUUUGGGGGGGGGGCGACAGAACAAAGAAAAGACCAGUUUUCAAUGAUAUGGUGCUGGAGACGAUGAAUAUGAGGAUAAACAUUGGUGACGUGUCCGUUUUUAAAGUUACUGAACAUUCACCUACAAAUGUAUUGUGUAGCACAGAUGCUUCUGUCAUGACCAAAAGAGAAUCAUCAUACCAGUUGUAUAUAUCUAAAUCGGCAACAUUCUGAAUGUUUAACCACGUUGAAUAGACCUUGGUAACCUUGGUAACUCUGCAGCCACAUCCAUUCCACUAACUACAGGGACGUGGAAUACGCUGGGAGAACCUUAGAUCUGUGUGUAUUGUUGUGAAUUGUUAGAUACUACUGCACCUGUUGGUGCUAGGAACACAAGCAUUUCGCUACACCCUGCAAUAACAUCU